CAGUGCUGCCGACGUACCUGAACAGACGCCGUAAACCUCCCUUCGAGCUCUCGAAUUGCAACCCCUCCACAAGCAGGCAACCGCCAAAUCUCACACCAUCAUCGCAGUUGGGAUACACGGCCCUCAUCAAUAUUAGAUACCUCUAUCACCCCAAGCUGCAAGUGAUCUCGACUGAACAGGUGACGUAUCGACUCUCGUCACCAUGUCGGAAGGCCCUCUCUUCAAGCCGGAGAAGGACUUCUCCAAGGAUGCCGACAAGCUCAUUCCAGAGGCGGAGGCGCUUGCAAAGACGGACGUGCAAGCAGCCAUCGACAAGCUCUUGGUGUUGGAGAAGCAGGCAAGACAGGCUUCGGAUCUUGCGACUACCUCUAGAAUCCUCCUCACCAUUGUUACGCUAAGCAAGGACUCGGGCGACUGGGGCUUAUUAAACGACCAGGUUCUCUUGCUGUCCAAGAAGCAUGGACAACUCAAGCAGGCCAUCACGAAGAUGGUGCAGAAAGUGAUGAGCUUCCUGGAUGAGACACCUAAUAUGGAAGUGAAAUUGUCCGUGAUUGAAACCUUGCGGACGGUGACGGAAGGAAAGAUUUUCGUUGAGGUCGAGAGAGCUCGAGUUACGCGUAUCUUGUCCGACAUUAAGAAGGCUCAAGGCGAUUUGAAUGCCGCUGCGGAUAUCCUUUGCGAGCUGCAGGUGGAGACCUUCGGGUCCAUGAGCAGGAGAGAAAAGACGGAGUUCAUCCUAGAGCAAGUGUCACUUUGCAUUGAGCGAGGAGAUUGGACACAGGCUGGAAUCCUGAGUCGCAAGAUCAACAACAAGAAAUAUUUUGCCCGCAAACCCAAGAAGUCUCCCGAGCAGCUCGAGAAGGAAAAGAAGGAGGCUGAGGAAAAGGAAAAGACUCGCGAGCCUGAUGAGCCGCCAGCAGAGGUUGACGAGGAUGUAACGGAUCUGAAGCUGCGUUACUAUGAGCAGCAGAUUAUCCUUGCCAACCACGACCACAAGUACCUGGAGGUUUGCAAGCACUACCGGGAGGUUCUGGACACCGAGUCUGUCGAGAACAACCCGGAGCAGCUCCGUGCCGUUCUUGCGAGAAUCAUCUACUACAUUGUGCUGUCUCCCUACGAUAACGAGCAGUCCGAUCUGCUGCACCGUAUCCAACAAGAUAGCCGCAUCUCUGCGGUACCGGUCGAAGCCCGUCUGAUCAAGCUGUUCACCAUUUCUGAGCUGAUGCGCUGGCCCAUGGUUGCUGAACAGUUUGGUCCCCACCUGACCAGCACCGACGUCUUCAGCGCCCAGCCGAGUGGCACUUCCGAUGACCAGGCCUACACGAGAUGGCAGGACCUGCGGAAACGCGUGAUCGAGCACAACGUGCGUGUAGUGGCCAAGUAUUACACUCGCAUCCAGAUGGGUCGUCUGACGGAGCUUCUGGAUCUGAACGAGGACGAGACGGAGAAGUACAUCAGCGACCUGGUUACCUCCAAGACAAUAUACGCCAAGAUCGACCGUCCUGCACGAGUGAUCAACUUUGCCAAGCCCCGUGAUGCGGAUGAUGUGCUGAACGAAUGGAGCAGCGACAUGAAGAACCUGCUGGAUCUUCUGGAGCGCAUCGACCACUUGAUCACCAAGGAGGAGAUGAUGGCGCGGAUUUUACCGACUCGAAGUGAGAAGGCGCGGGCUCACUAGGGCUUUUGAUGAAUGGAUGAGGGCGGAAUGCGGGCAUGUAAAAUAAUCGCAUUGUCGGGCAGUCAGGGGGUUGUAGCCAGACGCUAUUAAAGUAAGACCAUG